AUGUUUUUUUCUUGGAGUGGCGGUGUUUGUCUCUUCCGCAGAAGGGGAUGGCGCGUCACAGAAAUAAACAUACACCAAAAAACAAAGUUUAAAGAACGAUCCCUGGUGAGCGUUGUGGGCGGAAUAUGUAUUCCAAGUAGAAGUUCCGUUACACGGGUAUCCAGGGCAGACUAUUGUCAAAGCCACAUCGAAAAAGGAAAAUGGACACGUAUGCCGUUUUGUAACACGCUCAAGUGGAUGGUAGUGUAUGGGUUUUUCAAGGGUGGCGUUGUCUUUUCCGACCUGGCACACACAUUCACGUGCAGACACGCAACAGAUAUCAAUUUAGGAAAUCGCAUUACGAAUUCGAUUACAGGGAAUAUGCACAGUGGAGAGAAUAGAACGAAAAAUUGCCGAAAACAUCCGGCCCGUUCAAAAGGGGCGCAGACAACACCGGACAGUAGGACGGAACUCGCCGACGCGGAAGUGGGAAAUGGAUUCCCACUUCCGCAGUUGCUUCUGCGUUCGGUUAUUGGUUCUUCUGGUAAAUCUAGUGCGUCCCCCGCCACCACGAGAAGCCGCGCGCGCAUAUCUAUCGGAAAACAACGUUACGAAAUGUCAUGA